AUGGGUAAGGGAGUCAAACGUGCUGCUGCCAAGGGCAACGCCAGCGGCGAGGCGAAAAAAGCCAAGUUCAAGCCGCAGCCCGUGCCGGAGCCCGAGAGCUCUUCGGAGAACGAGGCCACCUUCUACGAGUCUGCCGAGGACGACUCGGACAAGGCUGCAUCGGGAGACGAAAGUGAUGCUGACGAAUUGGACGACUUGGACGAGUCGAGCGGUGCCGAGUCCGGCGCCGAGUCCGGCGACAGUGGCGACAAGGCCAACAAGGCCGACGGCGAGACCAAGCCCGCGGACCCCAACAAAAAGACGUCCGCCGAGCAGCACGCCGAGCAGAGGAAGUUGUUGGCAGAGAGGAAGUUGAGCCGCAAGGCCGGAGCCGAGGUCGAGCGCAUCAAGUCGCUCUGGGAGAAGUUGAGAGUCACCAAGCCCCCGCCACCAAAGGAGAUCAAGGAGAAGUUGUGCAACGAGAUCUGGGAGCUCUCCAAGGACAUUGUGCACGACUUGGUGUUGAAGCACGACGCCUCGCGUGUGGUGCAGACGUUGAUCAAGCACACGACCAAGGAGCGGAGAGAGGCCAUUGUGCGGGCGCUCAAGGGCAACUACUACAAGUUGGCCACCUCGUCCUACGGCAAGUACUUGUUGGUGAAGAUCUUGCACUACGGCACCAAGGAGUCGCGUGCGCUCAUCGUGGACGAGCUCCACGGCAACUUGAGAAAGCUCAUGAGACACAAGGAGGGCGCGUACGUGGUGGAGGACUUGUUCGUGUUGUACUCCAGUGCGCAGCAGAAGCAGCAGAUGAUCCGCGAGUUCUGGGGCUCCGAGUACGCCGUGUUCAAGGACUCCGGCAAGGACAAGACCAUCCUCGACAUUGUCAACGAGUCUGCGGAGAAGAAGCAGCUCAUCAUGACCAACUUGAGCGGAACCAUUGUCGCGUCGAUCGCCAAGGGCUCCACCGGCUUCCAGAUCUUGCACGCGGCCAUGAAGGACUACGUGACUAUCUUGGUUGCGGACGUCGAGAAGAACGACCUGCAGAUCAGAGACUUCAUCGAUGCCUUGGCCGAGCAGUUUGCCGAGUUGGUGCACACGCAGGAGGGUGCCGAGGUGGCGUCCUCGCUCAUUGCCAUUGCCAACGCCAAGGAGAGAAAGAUCAUCAUCCGCUCCUUGAAGGCCCACGGCAAGGAGUUGAUCAAAAACGAGUACGGUAACGCGGUCUUGAUCACCUUGUUCAUGACUGUCGAUGAUACCGUCUUGGUGCACAAGUCCUUCAGUGCAGAGUUGUUCACCCCGGAGCUUUUGCCCGAGCUUGUGCAAGACAAGUUUGCCCGCAGGCCCUUGUUGUAUUUGCUCAAGGGCUUGGCCGGGAAGUACUUUGCCCCGAAGAUAAAGCAGGAGCUCCACAAGUACGAGGCCUUGGCCUACGCCAAGACCACCAAGAAGCCACAGGAACAGAGGUUGGCCGAGUUGCAAAGCAAGGCAUUGCCCUUGAUCUACAAGUCGCUUUUGGCCACCACGUCGGCCGACAGCGAGCCCACCCUUGCCCAGCUCUUAUCGCUGAAUAUCGCCGCUCAGUUUGUCACCGAGCUCGUGCUCACAGUGACGGAAGACGACGACGUCAACUCCACGUUGAGGCCGCAGUUGGUGGACGCGAUCUACGACAUCACGUUCGCGUCUGAUAUCUUGGAGGACUUCCACUUGCUCAACAAAACCCCGUUCUUCUCCCGAACUUUGAAGGCCUUGAUCCAGGGUAACGAGUUCAAGUGGAACAGCGAGACUCGCCAGUUGGUGGCCGUUGAAAACGCCAGCAUUGCGAAGGUCGGCUCGGAGUUUGCCGUCAGAUUGAGCGAUGCUUUCUUGCAAGACAAGGCGCUUCUGAAGUGGGUCACCGGCCAGGGCUCUUUCGUCGUGCUUGCUGUUUUCGAGGUGUUGGCUCUCCAGAACAAGAAGAAGGCCGACGAGCUCCGCAAAGCCGUGAAGAAGUUGAGAAAGGACUUGGAGCGUGACACUGACAACAAGGGUGCGCAAUUGUUGUUGAAGACGUUGUAA